CAUGAACCUUCCCUCACACUUUCCUCGCAGCACUCAAUUUUUCACAAACCUCUCUCUCUCAUCUAGACUUAAGAGUUUCAGAAAAUAUUAUGGCAAAAGCCGGGAAGCUAACGAAGCUCAAGUCAGCAAUAAAGAGAUGGCCUUCGUUCACCAAGCUCACUCGCACCACAAGCUCCAUUGCUGCAGCCACAAGUGAUGACCAAUCAGAUCAUGUCAGCAAGGGCUCCAAGGAGCUUCAUGCUGUGUAUGUAGGCAAGUCAAGGAGAAGAUACCUGGUCAGCUCGGAAGUCGUUGAACACCCCGUCAUUCAGGAGCUGGUGGACACGUCAUCCGGCGAGGUUGUGGUGGCUUGUGAGGUGGUGCUGUUUGAGCACUUGUUGUGGAUGCUUGAGAAUGCAGAGACUCAGUUGGGGUCCAUGGACGAGCUAGUUGAGUUCUACACUUGCUGAGUUUCUACAUUAAGCUUGCUAAUUAAAUUUGUAAAUUGAGAUUGUGGUAGGAAUUAAAAUUUGUUUUUGUAGUUUGUGUUUAUGUGUGUGGGCUGGCUACUGCUAUGUGUGUACGUAUGUAUGUCCAUUUGGGACAGUGAGAUUUAACCCAUUUCAUUUACAACGAAUGGAGAUCGAUCGACCAUGUUAAAGAACUUGGUUAAUUAUAAACUUUCAUAUUAUAAUUUACAA